AUGGCGACAACCACAAACCUCUCAUCGUCUGAAAAGACCAACGAAGCUUUUGCUUUUCUCAAGAAGUCAUUGCCGGCACAAUUGCAAGCUCCUCGUGUAGCCAUCGUUUGUGGCUCUGGAUUAGGUGGUCUUGCAAACACGAUUGAUAGUGAACUUCGAGUAGAAAUCGAUUAUGCUGAUAUUCCACACUUCCCCCGCUUGACGGUUGCUGGUCAUGCGGGUAAGCUUGUUUUUGGGCUUCUUGACAAGCAAGUUCCGGCAGUUCUCAUGGUUGGCCGCGCCCACUAUUAUGAGGGUCAUGGAAUAGACCAAGUCACAUUUCCUAUUCGAGUCUUCAAAUUGUUGGGAGUUGAUACGGUGAUUUUAACAAAUGCCGCUGGAGGUCUCAACCCCGAGUAUGUGGUAGGCGACAUUGUACUUCUAAACGACCAUAUCUUCCUCGCUGGUUUAGCCGGAACACAUCCGUUGCGAGGGCCCAACGACGAAGAAUUUGGCCCUCGAUUCCCACCUCUGUCGGAUGCUUAUGACCUCGAUCUGCGUCGACAGGUACAUGAAGCUUGGGGAAAGGUCAUUGACGCGGAAAGCAAACGAAGAUUACACGAGGGUGUGUAUGCCUUCGUCGGCGGACCAAGUUACGAAACCAGAGCAGAGUGCCGGAUGCUCCGCCAACUCGGGGCUGAUGUGGUUGGCAUGUCGACUGUACCCGAAAUCGUUGUCGCCAGACACUGCGGUCUCCGGAUUAUUGCAUUCAGCCUGGUGACAAACAACGCUGUUCUUUCACCUGUCCCUCGCGGAGAUGACCAUCUCAUCCAAGGCAGGGACGUGAAAGAGCUGGACGCAAUUCUGCAGGAAGGGAAAGCCAACCACGAAGAAGUGCUUGAGGCGGGCCGACUUGCAGCUCAAGAUAUGCAGAAGCUAGUUGUCCAUACCAUUACGGAUAUUUUCAGGAGCACCUGA